AUGGACAUAAAACUACUAACCUCAUCAGGCGUCCCCUUCUCCUCCCUCCCGCCGAGCUACGUCCGGCCCGAAUCCGACCGCCCCCGCCUCUCCGAAGUCGUCGAUGGCCUCGACAUUCCCGUCAUCGACCUCUCCGUUGCCGUCGACAGGUCCCGGCUCGUGUCUCUGGUCGGCGACGCCUGCACCAAUUUCGGCAUCUUCCAGGUGAUUAACCAUGGGGUUGGGUCGGGUGCGGCGGAGGAGAUGCUGAGGGUGGCCGCGGAAUUCUUCGAGCUGCCGGCGGAGGAGAAGAUGAAGCUCUACUCCGACGACCCGGCGAAGACGACGAGGCUGUCGACGAGCUUUAAUGUGAAGAAGGAGAAAGUGCAUAAUUGGAGGGAUUACUUGAGGCUCCACUGUUAUCCACUUCCUAAGUACGCACCUGAGUGGCCUUCCAAUCCCCCUUCUUUCAGGGAAACCGUGAGCAAUUACUGCCAAGAAAUUCGAGAGCUAGGGUUCCUACUGGAAGAGCUGAUAUCGGAGAGCCUGGGCCUUGAAAAAGACUACAUCAAAAAGGUGUUGGGAGAUCAUCAACAAGGCCAGCACAUGGCCGUCAACUUCUACCCACCAUGCCCACAGCCGGAGCUCACCUACGGCUUGCCCAGCCACACCGACCCCAACGCCCUCACCAUCCUGCUUCAGGACCAGCUCGUCGCCGGCCUACAGGUCCUCAACGACGGCAGGUGGGUCGCCGUCAAUCCGCACCCGGGCGCCCUGGUCGUUAACAUCGGCGACCAGAUCCAGGCUCUGAGCAACGGGAGGUACAUGAGCGUGUGGCACAGGGCGAUCACGAACACGAAAACGACCAGGUUGUCGGUUUCUUCCUUCCUUUGCCCUCGGGAUGAUGCGUUGAUCAGCCCAACGCCGGAGCUGACUCGAGGGGACGAUGGAUCUUCAGGGGCGAUGUACAGGGGAUUCACGUAUGCAGAGUACUACAAGAAGUUCUGGAGCAGGAAUCUGGACCAGAAACACUGCUUGGAACUCUUCAGGAGCAAUUGA